AAAAUGUGCUUGUCAAAUAAAUAAAAUUGAAUUGUUUUGAUCACAAAAUGCAUAAUUUUUAUUGAAAAUACGUUGCUAGGAAACUAAAAUUAGUGUAAAAUAUUUGAAUAAUUAAUUAAUAUGUUUAUUUCAUCAAAUUUUAUAUAUUUAUAAUAGAAUAAUAAGUGAAAAUGUUACCUGUAUUCCUAUUGAUGAAUCGGAUGGCAAAUCGACGUAAAUAUGUUCGUAAAACAAUCAAAUCCGUGAAACCUGAGAAGAAAGUGCUCGAUGCAGACUAUUGUAGGACUUGUAUGAGUACAGAGAAUCUCGUGGCCAUAUUUCAUAAUAAGGAAUGCGAGAAAAAGCGAUCUGAGGACUUACGACUAGUCACCGGUUUGGAAAUAAAAGUUAACGAUGGACUCCCGCAGAAGAUCUGUGACAAAUGCAUUGAAGUCAUCCAUGUGGCAUUACAAUUUAGACGCACAAGCAAGAAGUCAGAGAAGACUCUCCUUAACAAGUACUUUGGUAAAUCUAAGAAGAAGUUCACCGCGAAAGCUAGUAAAAGUGUAGCUAAUAAAUGUCCUAAGGAGGAAACAGAGAAAGAGGAAAUAGAUUUCAGCUACGAGGAUGUUUUUGAAAAUGAUUUUCAGAACGAACUCGACUUUUCAUAUAGCAAUGAUGACGUCGCACCGAAGAAAGAUCAAGAAAUAAACAUCCCAACGGAGAAGAGGAAACGAGAAAUCAUACCGAAUGCAAUGUCUUACAAAUGUAACAUUUGCAGCAAAGAUUUCAGAAUGAAGGCCACUUAUAAAGCCCAUAUGAGAUUUCACACUAACUACUGUGUGUGUGAGUCGUGCGGUAAGCGCUGCCGCAACAACAACCAGCUCCAGGAGCACAAGCGAGCGCGACACGGACUGGGUCGCAUUCAUAAGUGCGCAUAUUGCGAAUACAGCUCUGCUACAAAGGAAGCCUUGACCAUCCACGAACGCCGCCACACGGGCGAGAGGCCGUACGUGUGCGACCACUGCGGGGCCACCUUCCACCGCAGGUCGAACCUCGUACAACACAUCGCCAUACACUUGCCCGAGAAGAACUUCCAGUGUCAAAUAUGUAAUAAACGCGAGAAAUCCCGCAAGAGACUCCAAGUCCACGAAUACAAACGGCACAGAGAGAACAGGUACAGGUAUGUCUGUCCCGUUUGCCGGGAGACGUUUGCCAGGCCCGGCAGCGUCCGGCAGCACCUGAUCAGAGCGCACAACGUCCCCCGGGAGGGGCAAGGGCCCAUCGAGAAGUUUGAGAGAAAUCUGCCAACAGUACCGGAGACAUUUAUUGAAGUUCAACAAUAAUCUACUCUAGAUAAUGUUUGUUUUUUUUUAUUCUGUAUAAACUGUACGAUAAAUUGAAUAUGUAUUAUUUUCAGUAUUAUUAAAAAU